CCGGGACGGUCGCGCCAGCCGCCCGGCCACAAUGCUACAUACUUUUUUUUUAUACAGGCACUUUGUACCACUGGAAGAAGUCUCAUGGCCGAAUCAGUCAGGAAACCCCCAUCAAGCAGACUGGAACACCAAAGGCAUUGCUGGCACUAUGGAGAUCUACUUACUUGCGGCUUUGGACGUCUGCGGAGUAAAUAUCAUCCAACAACGGCUAAGCGCCCCGACCAGACUUAUAUCGACAACGCACUUGCAGCUGAUUCCUCGAUCGAAAGAGUCAAGACGCAGCUGGGUCUCGUGGAUCAGCUGCAAUCUAGCCUUCUGCCUCUCCUCCAAGGCCAAAUCAACUCUCUCACUAGCACUAGACCUCCCCGGUUUACGAGAUGAUCCCGCCCCAAAGCUCGCUCUCAUCUUACGGAUCCAAGCGGAACUCGAUUGUACCUUGGAUCAAAUCACAUAUCUGGUUGCCACCCUCUCUCCAGAUCGGCAACCUAUGUCAAAUCGCACGGAUGACAACCAUCUCAAAGAGUUCAAAUCCUACAGACUCUGCCGUCUCAGAACGAACUUCGAAGGAAUCCUGUCCGAGCAGAUCUGCGAGAUCUUUGAAACCGCCGAUAACAUCAUCAAACAGAUGGAACUCUCAUCCGCACCUUCUAACUCCAGCUGCUCAGACAUAGCCUCUCUCAAGAAAUCGUUGGAUCUGGCCGUUUGUGGCACGUCGGAUACGAUCCAGUCGAUCGCAGAUUGUUUCCAAGCAUCUGAACUGGCCAUUGCCCAAGAUUCAUGGCGAGAUACACGACUUGAGAUAGAGGAACAACACCGGUCUAUCCUCAAGAAACUCGAUCGCUCAACACGUUUGAAGCGGAAGUCCGACCACUUUGUUGCCCAAUCAGUCAUUCAAUUAGCUAGAUUAAGCCUCCCAAUCUUCAAACUGUCCAAGAUCUUCUUCGCCAAAUUCUCCGAACGAGGCUUGACUCGAGAACGCUUUCCGAUUCAUACAGCAAUCAGUUCGGAUCAAAUCAACAUCAUCGCGGAAUCUGUCGAUAGUGUGGCCGAACGUCUCCAUGAAAUCGAGACCUUUUUAGACUGUGCUAAUCGACGUAAUGGACGUAGUGACCAAGUCAUCACAGCAGCUGCAAUACUUAAAGGAAAAUUUGAGUCCCCUUUGUUUCUCGUACUUCUGCACUUUAUUCCUUUGAUUCCUGAUACUGAGGGUCUUCAUCGUCAAAAACAUUAUCAGGAUUGGUGUGUAACUUGGAAUAUUCACAUGGCUUUAGCCAUUCAUAAUUUCAUACUUGCUGCCAAGUCAUAUACAAAUGCCAGGCCUUGACAUUUUUCCCCCUUCUUCUUGCUGUUGGCUUCCUCUCCCUUGUGAAUGUAAUUUAGUGUGUUGUUCUCCAUAAAUGUUUCCCAGUUUUGUUUGCAAGCACUCAUCACUGAGAUUGGUGUUGUUUCUAUUUCAUAAGAUGAAGGGCAUGUUUGAUUCUCUUUCAAGAAAAAGAUGUUAUUGAAUUGGCA